UUUUUGAUUGGCCCCUUUCUUGCAUCGAUACGUCAUCCCCAGGUCAGCACCACUCGGGCUGGUUGCGCAUGUUCUUUCCUUCACGGAUCUUCCCAACUCCUACCUCCCACCACUACCGCCGCUCUUUCUUUGCCUUGCAGACUCGAUUUCUUGCAGCGAUGGCGACCGAUCCUUCCAAGUACAAGUUCAACCACUCCAUGUUACGCGUGAAGGAUCCUAAAGCUUCCGUCAAAUUCUAUGAAUCCCUCGGUAUGAAGCUGAUCAGCAAGCUACCCAAUCCCGAUGCCAAAUUCGACUUGUACUUCCUCGCAUACGAUGGCCCAGAUGCACUCUCCGGCGGGAAAGAAUGGACCGACCGCGAAGGCAUCAUCGAGCUCACCCAUAACUACGGCACCGAGAAUGACCCGGAAUACAAGAUCGUCAACGGAAACGCAGAGCCAUUCCGGGGCUUCGGCCAUGUGUGCAUCAGCGUGGAUCACAUCCAGGCUGCGUGCCAGCGGCUUGAGGAUGCCGGUUAUAAGUUCCAAAAGAAACUUACCGACGGCCGGAUGCGCCAUAUUGCGUUCGUUCUCGAUCCCGAUGGGUAUUGGGUAGAGGUGAUCUCGUUCAACGAUGUGGAGAGCACGACGGACGCAAAAACAACCGACUUGGGAAGCUACCGAAUGAAUCACACGAUGCUCCGCGUCAAGGACGCCGAAAAGUCGCUCGCGUUCUACAAGGACGUCCUCGGCAUGAAUCUCAAGCGCUCACACGAGAAUCCGGGUGCGAAAUUUAACCUCUACUUCCUCGGUUACGACCACACCUCCCUUGGCGCCGACAAUAGGCCUCUGGACGCGAGCGGUAGCACCGCCAAGCUCGAAGGUUUGCUCGAGCUCACUUGGAAUUACGGCACCGAAAACGACCUGGACUUCAAGUAUCACAACGGCAACGAUCAGCCACAGGGAUUCGGGCACAUUGCAAUUACCGUAGACGAUCUCGAUGCAGCUUGUGCCAGGUUUGAGGAAAUGGGGGUGACUUGGAAGAAGAGACUCACGGAUGGUCGGAUGAAAGAUGUUGCCUUCAUUCUCGACCCGGACGGUUACUGGAUCGAAGUGCUCCAGAACGAAUCAAUCAAGAAACGAGUUGCGUGGUUAUGAUUAUAUGCAUAUAUAAGAUGAACAAUAUUUCUCCCCUGCGAUACCAGUUGCAGAGAGAAGAUCCGUCGAGAGUCCUGGCGGGCAACCCUGGUACCUAGUAGUACAUAUGAUGGUCCAAGUUGUUGAGUAGCACGCCUCCAUGUCCGUAGCAGUCAAGCAGUGACUCUCACGCUGAGGCUGCAGUACUGAAGCUGAAAUCUUGAGUUUGAAGCUUAAAGCCAUGGAGUCUCGAUCGGAUACUGAUCUGGCGGCCGACGUUACCAUCAUUAUCUUCCGUCAACUCCUUCAUCCCUUUCUCUCCACCCCAUGGAACACGAAGUAGACGGAUGGAUCGAGCAGCUGAGGAGAUGUGAGCCCCUGUCAGAGAGUCAGGUCAAGAAGCUCUGCGACAAGACCCGGGAGAUCCUGGCGCAGGAGUCAAACGUCCAGCCUGUCCCGUGCCCGGUCACCAUAUGUGGCGACGUUCACGGUCAGUUCCAUGACCUACUCGAAUUGUUCCAGAUGGGUGGGCAAUCUCCGGACACGAACUUUCUGUUCAUGGGUGAUUACGUCGACCGGGGGUACUAUUCCAUAGAAACGGUAUCGCUUCUGCUAGCGCUCAAGCUGCGGCACCGCGACCGCAUCACGCUCCUCCGCGGAAACCACGAGUCGCGUCAGAUCACUCAGGUCUACGGGUUCUACGACGAAUGCCUGCGCAAGUAUGGCGGGCCAAAUGUCUGGAGGAUGUUCACAGAUCUGUUCGACUACCUGCCGUUGACGGCUUUGGUGGAAAACCAGAUAUUCUGUCUACACGGUGGCCUCUCCCCCUCCAUUGACUCCCUCGACUCGCUCCGCUCGCUUGAUCGUGUACAAGAAGUCCCGCAUGAGGGACCGAUGUGUGAUCUCCUCUGGUCUGACCCAGACGACCGAUGUGGCUGGGGCAUAUCACCGCGCGGUGCUGGAUACACUUUCGGACAAGACAUCACCGAGGCGUUCAACCACACGAAUGGGCUGCUGCUGGUCGCACGGGCCCAUCAGUUGGUCAUGGAGGGUUACUCUUGGGGCCAGGAUAGAAACGUGGUGACUGUGUUCAGCGCGCCGAACUACGUGUAUCGCAGUGGAAAUCAGGCAGCCAUCAUGGAGGUGGAUGAGCGACUCUCCUACAAGUUUGUCCAAUAUGAACAUGCGCCAAGGCAAGACGAGCCACUUGUCAGGAAACGGAUCCCGGACUAUUUCUUGUGAUGGAGGAUUCGAUUACGAGAAUUGACACGAACGGACAAUGUAGAUGUAAAGAGUCACAUAUACAUACUGCAUGUGUAUUCAGCAUUUCCAAUGGACCAAAGAGAUACCCAACGACUGACCUUCGCA